ACCCGACCACCAGCCAGGGACCAGCCGAAGCAAACGAAGCCAACCAAAGGUGCCAUCUCUCACAUUAAUGACGUCGAUCCCAAGGCCAGCUCCAAAGUUCUUACUCCGCGACAAUCGACGGCAACGGCUCGGCGUGAUAGGCAUCACGGCGACCAAAGCCGGAAACGCACUCCCUACUCCGGCCACCACAAAAAUGCUUCCUCCCCUCAGCUUCAUUUGACGCCGACCUCUGCGCCAGACCACCACCGCCGCGAACCCCAGCAGCAUCAACGCGAUAGGGUUCAACUGUAUUCUGGGGGAGGUGGGGGUUUUGCCGUGUCCAUGGUGAACCUGGCCAGGGACGCCAGUGCUGUCCCAAACUGCAAUGAUGGGCUUGCCGCCUGGUAUGGAUAUAGCACGGCACUUGUGGGAACGACCGUGUCCAUUUUCGACGAAGUGUCAAUACGGUUGAACCACAUCUUGACCCAAAUUGACAAAGAGGGCAUGACUGGGAACGAACCUGAUUUAUUCACUUGCCGGUCGCCCAUCGCCGCGGUGAAUGAUUGCCAGGCUCUAGUGCGGGUAUCGUCGGCUGAUCAGCAGCUCACCAAGCCGAAACACCACCACCAUGACAGGGAGCCGGGCAGCGGCCGGGGAAAAGACCGUAAGCGCGAGCGAUCUUCUCGCCAGAAUUCUUCACGCGAGGACGGAUACAAGGAAAAGCCCAAGAAAAACGCUCAGCUGGCUGGUGGGGUAGCUACGGCUGUCGUCCGAGGAGAAUACUUCUCAAAGGUUGAGCUCUAUGCAAAUUCCAAGCUUCCAGCGGGCUUGCCCCCUUUCGCUGUAUACUUUCCCACAUGGCCCCUUUUGUGUCUCGCUGCCCAGUAUUCUCAGGCCGUCUACGAGCGCCCACAAAAGCGUGAGAGCGAGGCCCAUGUCUCUGCAGAUUGGCGGGCUGGCACGAAAGCCAUGGUGAUUAAGUCUGUUCCAAUGGAUCAUAUGCGCACCAUUGUCUUCGCAGUCCGCGGUACCGCAUCCUUCAUGGACUGGACAGUCAAUCUCCACGCUGAACCAACCUCUCCAUCUGGGUUUCUCGAUGACAAGUCCAACCUCUGCCAUUCAGGCUUUCUGACGGUCGCACGUAGAAUGGUCAAGCCGGUGGCUUCCCGGCUGAAGCAGUUGCUCGAGGAGGACCCCAGCCGGUCCAAGUAUAGCCUCCUCAUUACUGGCCACUCUGCGGGAGGCGCUGUUGCGUCGCUCCUAUACUGCCACAUGCUCUCACGAUCUAAGGGUGCGAGGACUGAUCUCAACCAGCUAACAGCGUCCUUCAAGCGCGUACAUUGCGUCACUUUCGGCACCCCGCCCAUCAGUAUCUCACCACUCAUGAGACCCGACAGGCCAGACCUAAAGAACAGUGUUUUUCUCAGCUUUAUCAACGAAGGCGAUCCAGUCGUCAGGGCAGACAAGGCGUAUGUCAGAAAUUUGCUUGAGCUGCUCGCUUCUCCGCCACCGUUAUCACUACCUGCGGACAACCCCUCAGAUGUAGGACGGUCUUCUGAGGGAGGGAGGGGCGCUCAUACUCACCCAAGCCCGCGUUUACACAAAUUCAAGUCUCGCCAGGAUCUCAAAUCCAAACCCACCACCGCACCCCAGAAAAAGCCCGUCUGGCCUGUUCCGGUUAGUGCCCUUAAGAACGCUGGGAGACUCGUCGUUCUUCGAAGCGGCCCCUCCGACCCUCGCUACCGCCAGCACCGAGACCGCAUGACAGUUGAGGAGCGGUUGUCAGAAGGUGUGGUCGCAAACACAUGCCCCGUCGAGCAGUUGGAGGGUAUUAUCUGGGGAGACCCUGCGGCCCAUCUGAUGAACCUGUACGCAGGGAGGAUAGAGAAGCUGGCAGUGAAGGCUGUGACGGUGAGCGACGGCUAA